GCAUUGUCCCACAUCCCUCCUCCCCACCCUCCUGCUCUUCCUUGUCCCCUACCCAGGGUUGAACUUUGCUCUUUGUCCUCAAGUCCCACCAACCCCCACUCCUACAUUCCCUCCCACCCUCCUCCUCCCGACCGGGGUUGAGCUCUACUGUGGCCCACAGGUUCCCGCCCCCCGUCCCUAUGACCAACAUGAGCUGGAGCUUCCUGACGCGGUUGCUGGAGGAGAUCCACCACCACUCCACAUUCGUGGGCAAGGUGUGGCUCACGGUGCUGGUGGUCUUCCGUAUCGUGCUCACUGCUGUCGGAGGAGAGUCCAUCUACUCAGACGAGCAGACCAAGUUCACCUGUAACACAAGGCAGCCAGGCUGCGACAACGUCUGCUACGACGCCUUCGCGCCCCUGUCCCACGUGCGUUUCUGGGUCUUCCAGAUUGUGGUCAUCUCCACACCCUCUGUCAUGUACCUUGGAUACGCUGUGCACCGCCUAGCCCGCGCUGCGCAGCACGAUCGCCGCCGUGUUCCCCGCCGCAGCCCUGGGCCCCGUGCGCCCCCCGAGCCCCUGUCACUACCCAUGCCAUCCCACCGGAGCUGGUCCCAGCCCAUGGACCUAGGCGAGGAAGAACCCAUGCUGGGCCUGGGGGAGGAAGAUGAUGAGCGGGGAGCGGCAGAAGGCCUGGGCGAGGGGAACGAGGUGGAGAAUGAGAGUGCUGCCAAGGGUCCCGGUGGGGAUGCCAAGGCAGCGGGGACCCCGGGCCGCAACGGGCCGCACGAUGGGCGACGGCGCAUCCAGCGCGAAGGCCUGAUGCGCGUGUACGUGGCCCAGCUGGUGGCACGGGCCGCCUUCGAGGUGGCCUUUCUGGUGGGCCAGUACCUUCUGUAUGGCUUUGAGGUGCCGCCCUUCUUCCCAUGCAGCCGGAGGCCCUGCCCACACGUGGUCGACUGCUUCGUGUCGCGGCCCACGGAGAAGACAGUCUUCCUGCUGGUCAUGUACGUGGUCAGCUGCCUCUGCCUGCUGCUCAACCUCUGCGAGAUGGCGCACCUGGGCCUGGGCAGCGCGCAGGACGCUGUGCGAGCCCGUCGCCCCACGGCUGCCGCUCCCAGUCCAGCACAGCGCCCGCUGCCCUGCCCACUCCCCGCCACGCCCGCAGGUUUGGCCUGCCCGCCUGACUACAGCCUCGUGGUGCACGCAGCGGAGCGCACACAUGCCCGCGACCCAGAUCUGGCCAGCCUGGCACUGCGGGCCCUGCGGGACCGGCACACGCUCGGGGACUGUAAUCGCCCACCCUGCUCCAGCCUCCCCGCGCCCGCCCGGGGUCCCCCGAGGGCCAGUGCGUCCGUAUCCGGGUCAGGCAGCGCUACGUCCGGGGGCACGGGCGGGGGCCAGGGCCCGCUGAGAGCCAAACCCAGGGUGAACUCGGAGAAGGGCAGUGCCAGCAGCAGGGAGGGGAAGACCACCGUGUGGAUCUGAGGUCCCGCGCCCAAUGCUUUCAGUUUUCUCUUCAGCCAGGCACCAGUGGGGACUUGGGGAUAAAGCUGGGGACUGGACGCACUGGAAGCAGAGCACCUCUUUCUCCUCUUCCUCCUCCCUCUCCCCUCCCCCUCCUCCUCUUCCUUCUCUUCCUGGGCUGGCAGUCCUCCUUGGGAGAGGCAGGAAGGGGAAGGGCACCACUGCUGGGUAUCACUGCCCCUUCCCACCCAAGCCCCCUCUCUGUCCUGGAUAAGAGGGGAGGAUGGGCCUGGCGACCAGGAAGGGUCUCCAGCUCUGAUCCUAACCACCCCCUCCAACAAGUGGGCUGGACUGUGGCUAGGGUACUGCCCCACCCCCCACCACAUCCAGAGGCACCUUGAACUGCUCUGGACUGGGUGCCCAAUCCUUCCCUCCGAGCCUCCCCGGGAUGGGGCCAGAGCCUCAGGACAAGGGCUGUGGACAGAGUGCCAGGCCUCCUCUUUGCUCCCCUGCAGCAGCCUAGGUGUGAUGCCUAGGGGUGCCUGGUCAGGGCAUUGGGGGUAUAGUUGCUGUCCCUACCUGCUGCAGCAGCCAAUGGGGCUGCUUUACCAACACCCUGGCCCCCAGACUAUAUGCUGCUUCCUGCAGAGCAAGAAGCAAUUCUGAGUCUUCUUCCUACAUGAGGGAAACUGAGGCAGCCCUGGGCUGUGCCUCCUCCUGCCUGGGUCCUCUGGGCCCCAGUGAAUGAGCUGCUUGUUCUUCUCCUCAGAGAGAAUGUGGGUCAGGACUACAUCCUGCCUGGGGUCCCUGGCCAGACAUUUAGGCUGAGGCCCUAGAAGGCUGGGGUGGACGUGGCCACACCCUUUGAACUUUACAGCUGCCUGACAGGGGUCCUUCCUCUGGGACAGACUUGAAGUUUUCCAAAGAUGUCAGUCUACCUUGCUGCUGGGACCAACAGGGUGGUGGCCAGAGGUGUGGCUUUGGUGGUGCUGGGGGAAGAGGCUCUGGAGCUCCUAAUUCAGACACAGCCUCCCCAACAAAGAGUGUAAAAUAAAAAACUAACUUUUGUUUACAA